CAACUUGCUUGAUAGGGCUGAGGUUCCUGACUUUGAAAGGGCCAGCCCAUCAAUUUCAAUGUUCCAGCAGAUUUCUUCCUUCUCAGGUAGUUCCAGCAAUAGUUUGUUUAAUAGGUUUUGUAUUGGCCAAUUCAACAAAAACAACUGAAACCUCAUAAAUAUGCCAAGUGCUGGUCACCACUGUAUACAGUAUAUACAGUGUAUUAACUAAUGUUGACAGAUUUAACCAUAUUGUAUAGUGUUAAUGAAUUUAUUUAUUUUUGAUUGCUACAAGGCUUUGACAAUCAGAUCUGUCUGCACACUGUUCUGUCUCGGUCCGCUUUGAAGAUCACACUCCACUUAUUUUUAUCCUUUCAAAUGUAGGUCAUCUGCUAGCUUAGACACUAGAAUCACAACUGACUUGAUCUUACACAUUCCAUUAUUUUGAUUAAAUAAGAGAUUUUAGUGUAAUGUACAGGACUAGAUGCAUGAUGCACUUAAAAUUCUUGUUAAAAUCUUGUUAAAUGCUAUAGAAAUGGUACUAUUGGUUGGCGAUAAACUUAACUUGGUAAACUCUGGUUGGAUUCACUCUCUGUAAUUUUGCAUUGUAAUUUGAUUUCAUGUCUUCAUUCCUGCACUGAGAUAAUCACAAUGUAAGAUUUUUGAAGCACCAAUUACUAGGCAUGGCAUUUCUGAUCAGCAAUGACAACCAACAGAAACAAAAAAUAAAAGUACAAAAGCUGUCACUAGGGCAUUGCUGCUCAUUCACUGUGAGAGGUGCUGUUGCACAGGGAGACAGCAGUGAGCAAAGCAAAUCAACUACGUACAGAAGGCAUUGCAUCAAACGGCAUAGAGAAAGACGUCGAGCUGUUGUUUGUAAAUUAGAAGGGCUCGGUUUGGAAUCUUAACGACACUUAAGAGAAUUGUUUAAAUGCUCGAAUAUUUGAAAACUGGACGUGUAUGACUGCAUUUUGCUUGGAUUACUAAAUUUGCAGGAUGCAGGAUAACAAAGGACUUCAGUUGAGGCGGUGUGUAAAAUGGCAAGCAGAAUUCUCCAUUUUCCUUUUAUUCGUGCUGAACACCGUGGCCGGGCAGAUUCGUUAUUCGAUUCCAGAGGAAAUGAGACCAGGACUGUUUGUCGGAGAUGUGGCGAAGGAUCUCGGUUUGGAUGUAAAAAGGUUGGUUUCUGGCCGUGCGCGUCUCGUUAUUGAUGAUAGUAGACAAUAUGUCGAGCUCAACCGCAACAAAGGACAUUUGGUGGUAAAAGAGAAAAUAGACCGAGAGCAGCUCUGUGGACAGAAAUCUCCGUGUAGUUUCGGUCUUGAGAUUUUGCUUGAAAAUCCCCUCGAGUUUUUUUCGAUUACAAUCGAGAUUCAAGACAUCAAUGAUAAUGCGCCCGUUUUUUCUAAGAAAGAAAUAAUUUUAGAGAUUAGCGAGUCCACGCCUAUAGGCACUAUUUUCUUGUUAGACACAGCGACUGAUCCAGAUGUCGGUUUGAAUUCUCUUCAGAGCUACAGUCUGAAACCUACUGAUAAUUUUAAUUUAAAGCAACACAGUCGCUCAGACGGCAGUAAAUAUGCGGAGAUUGUGUUGCAGUCAGUGCUGGACAGAGAGAAACAGAGCGAGCAUUCACUUAUUUUAACGGCUAUUGAUGGUGGAGACCCACCGCGUUCUGGGACCGUUAAAAUAAUCGUUAAACUCCUUGAUGCCAAUGAUAAUUCACCCAUUUUCACCGAAACAGUAUAUAAAGCAAGUGUAGCUGAGAACGCAGUAAAAGGUACGUUGAUUACUAAAGUAAGUGCAUCUGAUGCAGACGAAGGUUACAAUCGCAAUGUCACGUAUUCAUUUACUCAUAUGGGAGAGGACGCAGCGCACCUCUUCCAGAUCAGUGCAGCCACUGGUGACGUAACACUCACUGGCAAUUUAGACUUUGAAACAGUUCAGCAAUAUGAACUUAAUUUGCAGGCUAAAGAUCCAUGGGGUCUAACCGGUGCGAGUAGAUUACUCAUUGAUGUUGUAGAUGUUAAUGACAACAGCCCGUUUAUAACAAUGACAUCUUUCUCGGGUAAAAUACAAGAGGAUUCUCCGCCCGGCACAGUUGUAGCUUUAAUAAGCAUCCAAGAUUUAGAUUCCGGUAAAAAUGGACAGGUCCGCUUAAGUUUAGAACAAAUGUCUCCCUUUACAAUUAAACCAUCACCGCGUAAGUACUACACUUUGGUCAGCGAUGCACCACUAGACCGAGAAAAGGUUUCCAGUUUUAACCUUACAUUAGUUGCUUCAGACGAGGGCAGCCCCUCAUUAUUCAGUAAAAUAACUAUUAAUUUAGAUAUUACUGAUAUUAACGACAAUGCUCCAGCCUUUAGUCAACAUGAAUAUAAAGCAUAUAUAUUUGAGAAUAAUUCUCCCGGCGUUUCUCUGCUGUCUCUUGAAGCAACAGAUUCUGACGCAGGGCAAAACGCGCGUAUCGGGUAUUAUCUGGUAGAUACAGAUGUAAACGGAUCUCCUGUCUCAUCGUAUUUCUCUGUUAACGCAGACAGUGGAAUUAUCCAGGCGGUGCGAUCUUUGGACUAUGAACAGAUGAAAGAAUUCAAAAUACACGUAAGAGCGCAAGAUGGAGGGUCUCCACCUCUCGGUUCAAAUGCUACAGUUCUCAUUAACGUUCAGGACCAGAAUGACAACGCGCCUCAGGUUCUGUAUCCGGUCCAGUCAGGCGCUUCUGUGGUGGCUGAAAUAGUGCCUCGUUCUGCAGAUGUGGGUUAUCUGGUGACUAAAGUGGUGGCUGUUGAUGUGGACUCUGGACAGAAUGCCUGGCUCUCAUAUAAACUUCAGAAAGCCACAGACAGGGCGCUGUUUGAAGUGGGUUUACAGAAUGGAGAAAUAAGAACUGUGCGCCAAGUGACAGAUAAAGAUGCUGUGAAACAGAGACUCACUGUUGUAGUGGAGGACAACGGGCAGCCCUCUCGAUCAGCUACAGUCAAUGUUAACGUGGCGGUGGCGGACAGCUUCCCUGAAGUGCUCUCGGAGUUCACUGACUUUACGCAAGACAAGGACUACAACGACAACCUGACUUUCUAUCUGGUCUUGGCCUUGGCUGCAGUCUCAUUUCUUUUCAUAACGUGUUUAGUUGUCAUAAUAUCUGUUAAAAUCUACAGAUGGAGACAAUCUCGUUUGUAUUUUCAGUCAAAUCUCCCGGUUAUUCCCUACUAUCCGCCGCGUUACGCAGACACUGUUGGCACAGGAACCCUGCAGGGCGUGCAUAAUUAUGAGAUUUACAGAACAACAGACUCCAGGAAAAGUGAUGCUAAGUAUUUCGGAACCAUCGGUCAAAGUCUGAUGAGAGUUGACGCAAGUGGAACCGAAACAAUUCCAAAGAAGAACCGCACCAUCGAUUGCACCGAAGCUGGCAGUACACUGGUAAGUCUGCACAAUGUGAACCCCCCCACAGACAUCAUACACUAGUAGUCUGCAAUGUUGUAAAUAGCUAAAAGUGAUGUUUAAACGACUGCUGUGUCGCUGUCCGUGGUGCUGAAAAGUAUAGCCUCGCUUCAAUAAUUCUUAUCUUUGAUAGGAAUAU